AUGGAGUCGCAAGGAAAGCUACCCUCUCAAACGGAGAAGAACCCAAAACACAAUGCGUGUGCAAUUACUCUAAGAGGUGGGAAAAGCUAUGAAAGCCCAAGGAUGCCGCAUGAAGAAGAAGAAGAGAAAGAGAUUGAGGUGGAAGAAGCUAUCAAAGAAGAGGAAAGGAAAAGUACUUCCAAGUCAAAGAAGCCCAUAGAGACCGAAGUGAAAGUCACACCAACUCCAUUUCCUUCAAGGCUGGCAAGCACCAAAAGAGAAAGGGAAGAUGACAAAAUCAUGGCCAUUUUCGAAAGAUAUGCUAAGUUCCUUAAGGAACUUUGCACAUCUAAGAAAAAUCUUAAAGGAAAUCAAACUGUGAAGGUUGGUGAAAAUGUCUCAGCUGUGUUACAAAAGCGGCUACCAAAAAAAUGCAAGGACCCGGGUGUUUUCACGGUUCCUUGCAAAAUGGGUAACCUUUUCGUACCAUGUGCCAUGCUUGAUCUAGGAGCAUCAAUUAAUGUCUUACCCUAUUCAAGUUAUAGGAAAAUGGGAAUUGGACCUUUAUCAAAAACCAGAGUUAUCAUUCAACUUGCUGACCGGUCUUUGGUACACCCGAAAGGUGUAUUGGAGGACGUGUUAGUGCAAGUUAAUGAGCUUGUUUUUCCCACUGACUUUUAUGUUUUAGACAUGGGUGAUGAAAAUACCCCACAAUCGAGCUCCAUCCUUUUGGGGAGACCUUUUAUGAGUACCGCAAAAACAAAAAUAGAUGUAGCCAAUGGUGCUUUGACAAUGGAGUUCGAUGGUGAGGUGAUUAACUUUAAUAUCUUUGAAGCCGUGCGUUAUCCUAGCGGUAUUCAUUCUUUAAACUUCAUAGAUGUUAUUAGUUCAUGUACUAAUGAUUUCUUUGAGAUGUCAAGCCAAGAUGUGCUAACCACCAUCUUGAGCAAACACUUUGAUGAGAUAGGGAUUAAGGAUUUGGCUGACAAGUACACAUUGGAGGAUGAAUUGAUUGAAGUAAUCGAUUCCUUGGAGAAAGCACAACCCAUGAGAGUUGAACCACCCCGCAUGAAGCUAAAAAGUUCCAAUCCAAAACUUCUCCCAUCCAUAGUACAACCACUGACUCUUGAGUUGAAGGCUCUUCUCGACCAUCUCAAGUAUGCCUAUCUUGGAGAGGAAGAGACAUUACUGGUGAUAAUUUCGACCAAGCUGGCACGAGAAGAAGAAAAAGAGUUGGUUGAAAUUUUGAAGAAAUACAAGGAGGCUAUUGGUUGGACCAUUGCGGAUAUAAAAGGGUUGAGCCUAUCAUUAUGCAUGCAUAAAAUACUGAUGGAAGAGGACUUCAAGCCAACCCGUGAAGCCCAAAGGAGGUUGAAUCCACCUAUGAUGGAGGUGGUUAAAAAGGAGAUCAUGAAGCUCUUGGAUGUAGGUGUAAUCUACCCCAUUUCUGAUAGUAAGUGGGGCUUGAUACUUGGACAUGUGGUGUCCCAAAAAGAUUUUGAAGUUGACAAGGCCAAAAUAGAUGUUAUUAAGAGCUUACCAUACCCGACAAAUGUUCGGGAAGUACAUUCUUUUCUUGGCCAUGCAGGUUUUUAUCGGCGGUUUAUAAAGGAUUUUUCCAAGAUCACGGUGCCGACGUGUCAACUUCUACAAAAGGAGGCCGGUUUUGAGCUUGGUGAUGAAUAUACGAAGGCAUUUGAUCGUUUGAAAGACUUGUUGACAUCCGCCCCCAUUAUUCAACCGCCAAAUUGGGAUCUUCCAUUAGAGAUCAUGUGCGAUGCUAGCAAUACCGCGGUUGGGGCGGUUUUGGGGCAAAAGGUUGACCGUGCACAUCAUGUCAUCUACUAUGCAUCAAAGACCCUUGAUAGUGCACAAGGCAACUACACCACAACGGAGAAAGAGUUUCUGGCUAUUGUCUUUGCUCUAGAGAAGUUCCGACAAUACCUCCUUGGAACUAAAGUGAUCAUAUAUUCGGACCAUGCAGCCAUAAAGCACUUACUUACGAAGAAAGAUUCGAAGCCGAGGUUAAUACGGUGGAUGCUGCUUUUGAAAGAGUUCGAUAUUGAGAUCAAAGACAAGAGUGGAAAGGAAAAUCUGGUUGCGGAUCAUCUAAGUCGCAUUGUAUCGCCCGAAGAUGGUAUACCAAUCUGUGACACAUUUCCAGAUGAGCAUCUAUUUGCAGCCAAAGAAGCACCAUGGUAUGCAGAUAUCGUUAAUUACUUGGUCACAAGUCAAUUUCCCCCAGAUUCAUCCCGUUGGCAAAGAGACAAAAUCAAGAAGGAAGCCAACUGA